CAUUUCUUCAGCUGCACGUGUUUCUUGUUUAUUGUAUCCACAAAAAACUUAUAAAACCAAAAGAGGCCUUGGGCGACACGAAAAGCUUGUUCAUCCGGAUUAUAAUAUACCACGUGAUGGAGUUGCCACCUUACCAUUUGAUGCCGUUAAUGAAUUUAAAAAAAUGUUAGUAUAUUUGAUUCAAAAAAAACUCUCUAACAAUAGUAAUUCAGCAGGAGAGCAAUGUUUAUCUGUCCCAUGCAUGGAAAGCCAAUUUGUUGCAGUAUUCGGAGGGUAUUUAAGACAAUAUAUUCCUAGUAAAGGGUUAUAUAAAUGUGAUUUUAGUGGCGAAGGUGCAUAUGAAAUGUUAAGUAAGAUUUUUGAGGAUCCAAAUUGGGGAAUUAGGCAAUAUGCUCAGAAACAAAAAACAGCUGUAAUUCUUCUUUCUUCAACAAGUAAUUUUUCAGAUUUAGUAAACUUAGAAAUUGGCAAGAAAAAAAAUCAUCAAAAGCGCAAAUCAAAUGUAUUUGGAAUGAAUAUUGAAUGGCAAACCCGCAAAUUAAUGGAUGCUGUUAAUCAUACAUCACAAGCUGGGUACAUUACAAUACGAUUUAUGACAGAUACAGGGUAUUUUUGA